ACAGCAAACGCUCCAGCAUACACCUCGACGGGCUCGGCUCUUCACUUCACCGACAGGAUUCGCCGCCGCGCCGCGCCGCCCAGUAGCUCCCACCCAGGCUCGCCGCCGCAUCGUCCGUCGUCCGCCCUGCGGCUGCGGGAGUACAGACCUCGCCAAAACAUCCGUCCGGGGUCCCGGCUGCCGGCCAGAUCGAUCGCCUCCCCUCUCCUCCGAAAUCGCUCCCCACCAAAACAUCUCUCGUCGCCGCCACGCUCCCCCCCCAGGCAGGAUGCGCUGCCUCCGCCGCGCGGGCGCGGCCGCCCACUUGCUCCGCUCCGCGAGGAGCGGCCCCUCCAAGCAUGCUCGCAUGGCCCUCGGACAGAUGCCUCCGCCGCCUGCCGCUUUCCCGUGUCGCGCGCGCGCCGACCACCUGCUCGGAGGAAUGCGCGGCCAGUGGCUCUGCACGGCGACGGGGCCCACCGGCGCCCCCGACCUCGCCGUGGACCAGCACUUCACCGUGGUGCCUGGCCUGGGCAACGAUGUCUCCGACGCGGCGGGGCUCACCGGCGCCCAUGAUCUUGCAGUGGACCAGGACUUCACUGUGGUGCCCGGCCCGGGCCUCGACGUCUCCUCGGAGGCGGAGAGGGUCUGCCGCGUGCUGUCCACCGUGCCGGAGCCGAGGGUGGCGUCGGCCCUCGACGCGCUUGGGGCCUCGGUGUCGCCUCAGCUCGUGGCGGAGGUGCUCAAGAACCUGAGCAACGCUGGCAUCCUCGCCCUCGCCUUCUUCCGGUGGGCGGAGAGGCAGCAAGGCUUCGUGUACACGGCCGAGAGCUUCCACAACCUCAUCGAAGCGCUCGGCAAGAUCAAGCAGUUCAGGCUGGUCUGGAGCCUGGUGGAGGCCAUGCGGUGCCGCGGCUUGCUUUCCAAGGACACGUUCAGGCUCAUCGUCAGGAGGUACGCCAGGGCAAGGAAGGUCAAGGAAGCCGUCGAGACGUUCGAGAAGAUGGCCGGCUUCGGGCUCAAAGCAGACCUAUCAGAUUACAACUGGUUGAUCGAUGUGCUGAGCAAAUCCAAGCAAGUCAAGAAGGCGCAAGCCAUCUUCAAGGAGAUGAAGAGGAACGGAAAGUUUGUUCCCGAUUUGAAGACCUACACCGCCCUCAUGGAAGGCUGGGGCCAUGAGAAGGACUUGCUGAUGCUUAAGUCGGUGUACCAGGAAAUGCUUGAUGCAGGCCUGAAGCCUGAUGUCGUGGCAUACGGGAUGCUCAUUAGUUCCUUUUGCAAGUCUGGCAAAUGUGAUGAGGCCAUCAAGGUGUUCUGUGAGAUGGAAGCCAAUGGUUGCAUGCCAAGCCCUCAUGUGUAUUGCAUGCUUAUCAAUGGGCUUGGCUCAGAGGAGAGGCUGGAUGAGGCUUUGAAGUAUUUUGAGCUUUCUAAGGCCAGUGGUUUUCCCAUGGAGGUACCUACAUGUAAUGCAGUUGUUGGGGCUUACUGCAGAGCCUCAAAAUUCCAGCAUGCCUUCAAGAUGGUUGAUGAGAUGAGAAAGAGUGGAAUCGGUCCAAAUUCCCGGACUUAUGAUAUUAUUCUUCACCAUCUUAUAAAGUCUCAGAAGAUAGAAGAGGCUUAUAAUGUGUUCCAGGGAAUGGGCAAGGAUGGCUGUGAACCUCAGCUCAACACAUAUACAAUGAUGGUUAGUAUGUUCUGCAGUAAUGAAAGGGUUGAUGUGGCCUUGAAGGUGUGGAACCAAAUGAAGGAGAAGGGUGUUCUGCCAUGUAUGCACAUGUUUUCUGCAUUGAUCAACGGGUUAUGCUUUGAGAACAGGCUGGAAGAAGCUUGUGUGUAUUUCCAGGAGAUGUUGGACAAAGGGAUCAGGCCACCUGGUCAGCUUUUCAGUAAUUUGAAGGAAGCUCUUAUUGAGGGAGGAAGAGUUAGUCUGGCACAGGAGAUGGAUUUGAAGUUGGAUGGAUUACGGAAAACACCCAUGCGUCGUUGAGGAAUCAUGCAAAUGAUCUAUUGCAGCAGCAUAUGGCUUUUGGCUAUUAGAAAACAAUGUAGCUCGGUCAAAAUUGUAGUAACAGAGGAAACUUCAGAAUUGCUGAUCUUCAACAUUAACAUUUCCAUUCAAUUUUAUAGUAUUUUAUGAAGGCCAAUUUAGAUUCAGUAGCAUCAAUAUAGGAUGAGAGACUUACCUGGUUCGAACAAGCUCAGCUAAGAUGGUGUGAUGAGAAUAUGAGAUAACCGAAUUCUUUACAAAAUGCAUGCUGAAAAAUUGUGCAACGCUUAUUAUUCUUUUCAUUAGCAACUACAACCAUAGAUAGACGAACCAUGGUUUGGACCAGAUCAAUGACAGGUUGAGAUUGCUCGUAGAUUUUUGCAUUGACAAUACACAAAAAAGACAAGAAGCUGGGAUAUACAGCAAAGCAGGAGCACAUUCUUCAAAGUGGUAACUAAGUAAAAACUGUAUCUGGUUGGAUUUCUGUUUUUGUUCAUCAAGAAUAUGGUCCGAUGGAAGAUAAUUUAUUAUGAGUUGCUGACGUUUUCAUUUCAGCUUCAUCUACACUUUACUUUUAUUUGGUCGUAAUUUAAUGUGCAGGAUAACUUCAUUUAUGUUAUAUUUGGGUAAUGGAUCCCUUCAGCUAUACAAAUUCCUCGAGCAAAGUUCAUGUAGCCCAUUAUCUCAUAAGCAUCCAUGUGUAUUAUUUUAUCAGUCAGGUUGCAAACUUUUCGUCAAUUGCCUUCUCUUCUAUUCUUCCCUGUUUUUUCCGCCAUCAUUAGAAUCACACUCUACUCAACCAACAUUAUCCUGCCACUG